AUGAAUAAUUUUUUCUAUAUUAUUCUUUUUUUUAUAUUACCUUCAAAAAUAUACCAUGAAAUGGCAUCAUGUUUCCAGUUAAAGCCUACUUCCCUUUUAAAUACAAAUGAAUACUUAUUAAAAAUGCAAAGACCUAAAAAUAUAAGGUCAAUAAUAACAUUAGAAAAUUCAUUUUCAUCUUAUAGAAAUUCGUUGAAACCCUUAAAUACUAAAAAAAAUGUAUAUGAAUAUAUAGAGAAAUACAUUACAAAUACCUCAUAUCCCUGUAAUAAAAGUAAAAACAAAAUUAAGAAUGAUCUAGAUAAGUUUAUUUCCAAUUUCACGUCGAAUAUAAAUGCUUGGGAUGAAAUAACAAUCCAUGACGUGAAUACUAAAGAUAUUACAAGCUUAAUAAACAUUUUGGGCACAAAAUAUAAAAAAGCAUAUAUAGAUGUAGGUGAAAAAAAAAAAAAAUUAAGCGACAUUUAUAAUUUAAAAGAAAUAAAAUCAUUUUUUCUUUCCUUAGAGUCUAUUUCAAUUGAAAAUAUUAACGCAAAUGACUUUUUUAAGCAUUUAGAAAUAUACACUAUGUUAUUAACGUAUUGUAAAGAUAAUUAUGUGUCUUUUAGUUUUAUUAAAAAUGAAAUAGUAAAUAGCAUGGACAAAAUAAUAAAAUAUUCACAGAAUUAUUUAUAUGAUGAAUACAUAUGUAACAAAAUGAAAAGUGAAUUUAUAAAUAUAUAUGAUCUCAUAAAAAAAAUUAAAAAAAAUGAUUCUAUAAAAAUUAAUAUUAUAAAUUUCCUUUACAUUCUAAGUAAUGACGAAAUUUUAAAUAAUAAUAGUAUAUUUUAUUUUCUAACAGAAAUUUUUUCAUCAUUGAAUUUAUUGAUGAAAGAUAGCCCACAUCUAGUUCAUUUCUAUGAGUAUAUAAUAAACCCAGAAUUUUUCUUUUUAUGCAUUUUUUCUUUGUACACUUAUAAUAUAAGUAAGUCUCGCUUCUACUAUUUUAUGUUAUUAAUUCAUAACCAAAUAUAUCCAACAAAUAAAAAGGAAGGUGAUGCAAAAUACGAUAGUAAUUUAAAUUAUAAUGUGUACAGAGAAUAUGUCAUUAACAAUAUUUUUGAAAAAGAAAAAAUAGAAUAUGAAUCGAUUAAAAAUGUUAUAGAAUACGAAAACACUACUAAUAUAGAAAAACAAAAUGAUACCAAUACACAAGAUAUAAACAGCAAUGAGAAGAAGGAAAGUAUUGUAAAUAAUAAAACAUAUAUAUUAGUGAAGAAAAAUGAGAAUAAUAUACAAUUUAAGGAGUUAUAUAAUAAUUUAUUCGUGCAACUUUUGUUGUUUUAUGUUUUUUUUUAUUUUAGUGAUUAUUAUUUUUGCGUUAUAUUUUUAUUGAGAUUUAAACAUAUUUUAAAAGACAAAGAACAGUGUGAUAAAAAUUUACAAAUUCUUAAUUAUAUGUUAUUUAUAUUAUUACACAAUUUAUAUAACAUAAGGGAUUAUUUUAAAGUAAUAAUAGUUUUGGAUUUGUUUAAAAAUAAUUUCAGCUCAUUUAGUGAUCACCAUUUAGCAUAUGCAAAAAAAAUUACUAAUUCAGUUAUAAAUAAUGUUGCGGAGGAUACCAGCUUUCACAAUACACAUAAAUUACUUUUAGAAAUUAAUGAACAAAUUAAAAAUAUAGAGAUUGAACGAAAAAUUGUAAAUACAAAUGAUACCAGCAUUUUAUUUACAAAAAAUAAUGUUAGGAGUAAUGGAAAUGAAAAAAAAAAAAAAAUCGACAAAUGUGAUAGUGAACAUGCUCAACAAGAAAAUGAAGAUACUUUUUUUUUAAAACAUUUAAAAAGUCAAGAUAUAAAUACAUCAGAUUUAAUCAUCAUGAGGGAAAAGUUUAACAACUAUUUAGUUCACUUAUUAAAAAACAAAGAACAUGAUAAAAUUGAAAAAUUGGAAAAAAGGGAUAACUUAUAUGCAAAUAAUAAAACAUAUAGUUUAUUUAUUAAAUCAUUUUUAUAUAACCAUAAAUAUGAUAAAGUGUAUAAGGUUUAUAAAACAAUGAAAUUAAGAAAAAGUAUGCCUAUUAAAUAUCUAAAUGUGAAAAAUUUAAUAGAAAGCUUUAAAAAAUGUGAUGUAGACAAAGGGGAUGUAUUAAAUGAGCUAAAUUUAAUCAGUAAAUACUAUUUAAAUUUAUAUUUUUCAAAAGACUCGUAUUUUGUUUUAACUAAAACAUUGUUAUAUAAACACAUGUGUGAUUAUUUAAAGAAAAAAUGCGACAUGAAAUUAAUGAUUGAUAUAUUUAACAUUAAUGAACUGUUAAAAUAUUUUAUAAAAUUUAAAAGCUUUAUAAAUAUAAAGAAAUUGUAUUUUCUAUUACUAAAUCACUCUUACAUUAAGACUUACAAAACAUACUUGAUAUUAAUCAGAUUUUUUAACAAUUUAAAUUAUGAAAAUGAAAAGGUAAAUGAACAGGACGGUAUAAAAAUGGAAGAAAAUGCCAUAAAUGAAGAUGAAGAGAUAGAGAAAAAUAAAAUAGAAAAUACUAUGUUUGAAAAAAAUACAAUAAUUUAUAAUGAUAUAAUAAAUUUAAGAAAAAAUGAAUUGUUUUAUUACAUAUGUAAAUCGAAGGAUUUAAAAAACAACCUAGACUUGUGUCACAAAAUUUAUGAUAUUGCGAAAAAGGAUAAAUAUGAAAUGAGCUUAUUUGUCUUAAGUAAUUUUAUAACAGAAUAUGUAUUGUUUGAUUAUCCUUUAUUAUAUAAUAUAUUAGAAAAUGAAUAUAGUAAUAUAAAUAAUAUAUUAAACAUAUUUUUCGAAUCAAUAAAUUUAUUUUUUUACAAGCAAAAUUAUAGAAUAGCUCUAAAUAUAUCCUUUUUACUAUUGUUAUAUUUAAAUUAUUAUGUAACAAAAUAUGUAAAAAACGAUUUUAAAUAUUCUAUGUUUUUAAAAAAAAAUAUAUUGAACUUUUUUAUUGGUAAUAAUUAUGGGAUAAUUCAAAUAAACAAAGAUGAAAUAUAUUCAUACAUACCAAACUUUAUAUUAAACAUUAUAUCGAUGUGUAUAAAUCACAUAAAAAAUUCCACAAAUAUAAAAGAAAUUAUGUCAUCAUAUAUGUAUUAUUCAUACGAUUUUAAUAAAAAUUUAAUUGAAUCUGUAAAUUACAAAAACAUAAUGUGCAUAUUUUCUCUUUUAAAAAAUAAUAUUAUAUUAUAUAAUGGAACUAUGGAGAAGGAUAUAUUUGAUAAAAAAUUGAAUAAUAAACGAGUGUCUAUGCCCAACGAAGAAGCUAUAGAAAAAAAAAGAAGCUAUUUAUAUAAUGAUGUAAUUGAAAAAAAAUACAAUAAAGAACAUUGGAUUAGAGAUGAAAAUGAAUCUUAUUCAAAUAGUUCUAACAACAUCAAUAAUGUUGCUAACUUAUUCGUUAAGCUAAAAUAUACAGUUGGGACAAACAAAACCGAUAAUGAUUCUUUAAAAGAUUUUUUAUUUACCAAGUUAAAAAAUAGUGUAACUAAUAAAAACAUCGAUUUAUUAAUAAAUAUAUUGAAAGAUAUAUUUUUUACAUAUAAAAGUAUAAUAUAUUUAAACUCAAAAGAUUUUCUUAAUAUUUAUGAAAUACUAAAUGGAAUUUAUGACAACGUUUUAUCAAUAAUAACUAUAAUAUUUUUUAUGGAAAACAUAAAUAAUUUUACAGAAAAUGAAUAUGUGUUUAAUACUUCUAAACAACAGUUACACGAGGGGGAAAAUACUAAUAAAAUAAAUAUUAACGAAUUUAUUAGCAUGUUAAAAUCUGAGAAUAAGCAAUAUUUUGAAAAUAUACUAACUCAAGGUUUUUUUAUAAAAUAUUUAAAGAAUUAUCAAAAUUUUAUUUAUAUGUGCAUAUAUUAUGACUUAAACAAAAAAAAAGUCAAAAAUAUCAUGAGAUUCUUAGAGAUGUUAAGAAAGUGCAACAUUACUCCAAAUACGGAAAUAUUGAUGGAUGUUUUUUCUCUUUAUUUUGACAAGAAAAUGAAUAACCAAAUUUUCAAAGAGUUUGAAAUUUUAUCACCCUCUAAUAUAACUAACUUCGAGAUAUAUUACAUUGUUAUGAAAACUGCAUUUUUUGAAGAUAACGUCACGAUAGCUAUGAAAGUUUUUGACACAGUGGUAAAUUCGUUUAACUUAAAGACCAUUCCUUUAAAUUUUUUUGAAUGUAUCUUGUUAAUUCUUAAAAAGAGUAAUAAGCAUAAAGAUUUAUAUGAAGCUAUUGAUAAAUUACAUAGGGAGUUAAUAAGAUUUGAAAAAAAUAAACAGUUUAAUAGCAUACAAGACUUAAUAGUUGAUAUAAAAAAUAUUAUAAAUAAGCAGAAAAACGAAAAACCAUUUUAA